CGUAAACGUGCUAGCAAACCGUGGAAACCUUGCUUCUUGCUUUAGCAUACGCAAACGAUCUCUUAAAAUGGCGGAUUUUCCGUGAGUGGCGUGAGUUGUCGGUAUCAAUUUUUGUCGCAUCUUUUUUCAUGUAACCGUGAAUUUGAAGCAUAAAUAUUCAAUUUGCUGUGAUAACUAUCCAUUUACUAAUUAUAUUCAGGAGAUAAACGCUGAAUAUCUUGCCCAAAAUUGUCGUAUUCUUUAAAAAACAACAGUGAUAUAAACCCAAGCGGCAGUCCCAAGCACCAAGCCAACCAUUUAAUAGUGAAAUAGUCAUGAGGAGACGCAGUGGAAGAAGACCUAGGAGUAGGGAUCGCAGAAGAUCACGUAGUCGAGACAGAGGUUAUGGUGGCGGUGGCGGAGGCCGAUCUGGAGGCCGUCGUGGCGCUGCUGGAGUCAACUUACGCAAACCUCGUUGGGAUAUGAGUCGUUUGGAACCAUUCAAGAAAGAUUUUUAUGUGCCCCACCCCAAUGUGGUUAAUCGUCCACCCUAUGAAAUAGAAGAAUGGAGGAAGUCCAAAGAGAUCUCUCUGAAAGGCAAGAACAUACCUGAACCUGUUUUCACCUUUGAAGAAGCAGGAUACCCAGAAUAUGUCAUGUCUGAGGUGAAAAAAAUGAACUUCAAGUUCCCCACAGCCAUUCAGGCCCAGGGCUGGCCUAUUGCUCUGUCUGGUAGAGAUAUGGUUGGGAUUGCUUCUACUGGCUCAGGUAAAACUUUGAGCUACCUUCUUCCAGCAAUUGUGCACAUCAACAAUCAGUCUAGACUUUCAAGAGGAGAUGGACCUAUUGCCCUGAUUUUGGCACCAACUAGAGAACUUGCACAACAAAUUCAACAGAUUUGUAGUGACUUUGGUCAUGCCUCUAAAAUCAGGAACACUUGUGUAUUUGGAGGAGCCCCAAAAGGGCCCCAGGCUAAUGACCUCAUGGAUGGAGUGGAAAUAGUCAUUGCUACCCCUGGCCGUCUAAUUGACUUUCUGGAAAGCAACAGAACUAAUUUGAAACGGUGUACCUACCUUGUCUUGGAUGAGGCUGACAGAAUGCUGGAUAUGGGUUUUGAACCCCAAAUAAGAAAAAUCAUUGACCAGAUUAGGCCAGAUCGCCAGACUCUCAUGUGGUCAGCAACAUGGCCAAAAGAAGUACAGAACCUGGCACAAGAAUUCUUGAAGGAUUAUGUUCAAAUCAAUGUUGGGUCUCUGCAGUUAUCUGCAAACCACAAUAUAUUGCAGAUUAUUGAUGUGUGUCAGGAAUUUGAGAAAGAGACCAAAUUGAGUACCCUUUUGAAAGAGAUCAUGGCUGAGAAGGAGAACAAGACCAUUAUUUUUAUUGAGACUAAGAGGAAAGUUGAUGAUAUUACUAGGAAAAUGAAGAGAGAUGGGUGGCCAGCUGUUUGUAUUCAUGGAGACAAGUCUCAGCAAGAGCGUGAUUGGGUAUUACAAGAUUUUAGAAAUAAUAAAGCUCCCAUUCUUGUAGCUACAGAUGUAGCAGCAAGAGGUCUAGACGUGGAGGACGUCAAGUUCGUGAUCAACUUCGACUAUCCGUCAAACUCUGAGGACUACGUGCACCGCAUUGGGCGCACAGGAAGGUCGCAGCGCACCGGCACCGCGUAUACCUUCUUCACGCCGAACAACUUCAACAAAGCCGCUGAUCUGGUGGCAGUGCUGAAGGAGGCCAAACAGGUGAUCAAUCCGAAGCUGCAGGAUAUGGCCGAACGGGGCUACGGGAACUCCGGAAAUUCCGGAGGGCGAGGAAGACGAGGAUGGGGUCGCGGUAGAGGCGGCGGACUAAGAUCUCCCUCGCGGUCCAGAUCUCGAUCUCCCAAACGAUCUAGGAGACAAAGAAGCCGUUCGAGAGACAGGGGCAGAAGGAAGAGGUCAAGAAGUUCGAGCAGAGGCCGAUCCAGGUCCCCUGUUCGAUCGAACAGGUCCGUUUCACGGUCCAGAUCCAGAUCUAGGUCAGCGUCGCCGCUACUAAAGGGCCGACCACCUUCUCCUCCCCCGCAAACCCAACCCCUGAGCCAACCGCCUCCCUUGAUGUCACAGCAAACACUCCCUCCGAGACCCAUUCAGCAACCUCCUCCGCCUGCCGCCAUUAUAAACCGUCCCCCGCCUCCGCAAGUUCCAACUCCCGCCCCCCUUCAGAACCAUCAACAACCGCCCGCACCUGCGAGACUGAACCAUCAACAGUCCAUGCAGGAUCAGCAACAGCCCAUGCAGAACCAGCAACAGCCCAUGCAGAAUCAGCAACAGCCCAUGCAGAAUCAGCAACAGCCCAUGCAGAACCAACAACAGCCCAUGCAGAACCAGCAACAGCAGGUUCUUAGACAAAACAUGCAGCAGUUGCCACCGCAACUUAGGCAAAACAUGCAGCAGCCUCCGCCCAGGCAGGGCGUGCCACAGCAUUUGCAGCAGCCCCCGCCUAUAAGGCCACAGGUGCAAAUACAUAUGCAACAAAUGCCUCCGCAAGGCCACUCCCAGCAAGCCCCGCCCAUCCAGGCCAAUCAGCAGCGUCAAUUCCAGCAGCAGCAGCAGCCUCCCACCACUCAGCCAUUGAUGGCGUAUCAAAACCUGCCGCCGCCUCCGCCGCAAUCGAAUACUUUCGGUAAUUACCGUAUGUCUUCGAACGCGCCGACCAAUGGUACGCUGUUCUUCAAUACUCCGCCUCCCCCACCGCCUGGCAACUCGCAGCGAAUGAGCGGCGGGAUGUACUUCCAGUACGCCCCGCCUCCUCCUGCGCCGCGUUAAAAGUUUAUGGGAAGGUGGGAGUGACACGGCACGCCUCGUUUUAUAGCGUUGGAGGGGGUAGUGCUGCAACACCGCGGCUUCUACUUUCCACUUGGCCUUGGUUUUCCAUUCCGCUUGUUGGUUUUGGAAGGUGGGCGGAGUGUAAUUUCAGUAGGCCACGCCCCUAUGAUGAUUUUUUAAAGAACAUUGACUGUUGACUGAGGCUUUUGAGAUUUUUUUCCUCAUUUAUCUGGAAUAAGACGUUUUGGUCUGCUUGUACUGAUUUUUCAAUAUCUUUUUUAUAAUUACUAAUUAGCUUUAUGGUGAUCAAAAUACUAGCAAAGUUGACGUCCAAGGGAGUUAUC